UCGCGCCGAUCGUUCUGCGAACCGUCAAUACAAACCACACUCGACAGCGAAGAUGGCUUCCGAACCGUAUGACCCGUAUGUCCCUAGCGGACAAGGGGGUUCUUCUUCAACGGCCAAGCUUCGAGAAGAACUUGACGCAGCCACAGCGGAGGCCAGAUACAACGUCCAAGCGCUUGCCCAGCGAGGCGAAAUGGUGGAUUCAUUGGCAGACAAGACAACUGGUUUGGCUCAGACAUCCAGCCUUUUCAACCGCAGUUCCAAUAAACUUCGCAAGGCGGAAUGGUAUAGACACCAGCGAAUGAAGGUCUUGCUGGCCGUCGGCAUUAUUGCGCUUCUCGCCAUCAUCAUCAUCCCAGCAGUGGUCUUUACGCGUAAAUAAUGUCAGUUAUGAUGACGAAGGAAUGGGUGGAUCUGGAAGUGGCGGAAGUGGCGGACUGAACUUUGCACUUGAUCAGCAUUCGUGGGAAAGGAGAACUGGGCUCGUUUGGGACUUUGAUUUUCUGGGAGUUCUUUUUUGUAAGCCCCCUUGAGGGGUUCCGGUGUUGGAGGGUUUCACUCAGUCGUCGCCUUGGACCUCUAAUGCCGACGCUGACAUCUGUAACUACUUGUGACGAAGAGAAGCGGUUUCCCCGAUA